AUGGAUGACCCGGUAGGAGUGGAAGUGACCUCAGUUACCAACCAGACCGCUGAUGAUAAUAUCAAACAAUGUGAUGCAUUAGAUACAACAGCUCACCUCUUCUUCAUGCCGGUCUACACUCUGGUGUUUGUAGUGGGUUUGGUCCUCAACAGUCUCACCCUGAAGGUUUACUUCUGCUCAGCUCAGAAGCAGGUGUCCCGCGUCAUGAUGGUCUACCUGAGGAACCUGGCAGCCUCUGACUUCGUGCUCUGCCUCUGCCUUCCCCUCAACAUAGCCAACUACGUCAGCAGCUCCGCCAACUUCCGUCUGGUCUACUGCAUCGUUGUUGAUGCCACCUUUUACCUCAACACGUACACCAGCAUCCUGUUCAUGGGAUACAUCGCUGCUAACAGGUAUCUGAAGAUCAUCCAUCCUUUAAGAACUCACUCCCUGCAGACAGUUCAGGCUGCCCGCAUCAUCUCCACGGUAACCUGGGUUUUCCUUCUGGCCGUUGUGACCUCCUACAUCACCCUGUGGCUCCUCACCAAGCCAGAAUUGACCUUUGUCCCUGACAGGUGUUCGGCCUUGUACAGCUCCCAGGUCACUGUGUUCAACAAAAUCAUUCGCAUCUGCUCCUUGGUCAGCUUCCUGUUCAUCCUCAUCGCCAUGAUCUUCUUCUACUACAGCGCCUCCCGCAGUGUGUUGCAGGCACAGCAGAGGCAGCUGGCAGCCUCCAGCUGCAGGAAGCUCAGGAGGUCACGCAUGAAAAUGUUGGUGCUGGUCGGCGUCUUCUGCGUUUGUUUUGUGCCUUACCACCUGGUUGACCUUCCCUACAUCUUCCUACACAGGCAGUGCUCUUUGAUUCAGGUGUUAUACAUCCUGAAGGAGCUGGCCAUCCUGCUGUUAUUUCUUAACAUCUGUAUGGAUCCGUUCAUCUACUUUAUCUUUUCCAAGGCAUUUCGCGAAAAUCUGAGAAAGAAGGCAAGGAAGCACGGUGAAGGGCAGCAGGAAACCACAAAAAGUGAGACAUCAUUCAGCACUUAA